AGAACGGGGCUUCUCGUGUCUUCGUUUGCUUCGACAUAAAACUCCCGCCAAAAUCCCUCUGUUGCCGCCGGCUUUUACAGAUGUAUGGAGCCACCGGUGAGAGCUGGAGCGCCGCCAGUGGCUCCGUCGACACCAGCGACGUCGGGAAAAUACUCGCCAUUUACUUCCCCGAGGCGGAGGUAUCGGCCGACGACGACAAUUUUAGGCUGACGAUCCAGCUCAUCCGGUUUCUCUCGACUCCUCCCGGUCAAAACCUCGCUUCUCAGGUGAGGGAUGAUAGUGGCUUGUCCAUCUUGCCACUUGAUUUUCAACAGUUUCAGAAAUUGUGUGACAUCAAGCUGUUUUACGAGCUACUAGAGGAAAAGAAGAAACCUAAAGAAGCUCUAUUAUGCAUGAGUGCUGCGGUGCACAAGGUCCUCAUGGCCAUAGAAGAUAGUGACAGAUCAGAGGUUGACAGGAAAAUUAAUAUUCGUUUGUACAACUAUCCUGAAUCUAUGAUUGCUCUAAAAAAUCUUAAAGCGGCUUACAUUGACAAGCUUGUGUCUUUGCGUGGUACCGUGGUAAAAGUUAGCACUGUGAAGCCUUUAGUGGUGGAGAUGAGUUUUGAUUGUGCAAAGUGCAAAUCCUGCAUUAAGCGUAUUUUCUCGGAUGGAAAAUUUUCACCACCAGCAAAAUGCACUUUGCAUGGAUGCAAGAGCAGAACUUUUGUUCCAAUUCGAUCUACUGCCCAUGCGAUAGAUUUUCAAAAGAUAAGGCUGCAAGAGCUUUUGAAGUCUGAAAGUCAUGAAGAAGGUCGGGUCCCUCGCACUGUUGAAUGUGAACUGACUGAAGAUCUCGUUGAUGCGUGCAUCCCUGGAGAUGUGGUGACUGUAACUGGAUAUGUGAAAGUAAUAAACAAUUAUAUGGACAUUGGGGGAGGGAAAUCGAAGACCAAAAAUCAAGGAUUCUACUACCUGUACUUAGAAGCAGUUUCAGUAAGAAAUUCCAAGUCACAAUCUAAAACUGAGGACUCGCGAGAUCCUGUUUCUGAUACUAGAACGACGGAGCUGUUUGACUUGUUCUCAUUUACUACACGGGAUUUAGAAUUUAUUGUCAAGUUCUAUGAGGAAUACUCGUCUGAUAUCUUCCGCCAACUACUACAGUCCAUUUGUCCAUCCAUCUAUGGACAUGAGCUUGUUAAAGCGGGAAUCACACUAGCACUCUUUGGAGGUGUGCAGAAGCAUUCAAUGGAUCAGAACAAGGUCCCUGUAAGAGGAGAUAUUCAUGUCAUUAUAGUUGGUGAUCCUGGUCUAGGUAAGAGCCAACUCCUGCAAGCAGCAGCAGCUGUUUCUCCAAGAGGGAUAUAUGUGUGUGGUAAUGCCACAACCAACGCUGGCCUCACUGUUGCUGUUGUAAAGGAUGCCAUGACAAGUGACUAUGCCUUCGAGGCUGGUGCAAUGGUGCUUGCGGACCGUGGCUUAUGUUGCAUUGAUGAAUUUGAUAAGAUGUCUGCAGAGCACCAGGCCUUACUGGAAGCCAUGGAACAACAAUGUGUCUCCAUUGCAAAAGCUGGACUAGUUGCAAGUUUAUCUGCACGCACUUCAAUCUUAGCAGCCGCAAAUCCAGUUGGAGGACAUUAUAACCGUGCGAAGACAGUGAACGAAAACUUGAAAAUGAGUGCUGCUCUCCUUUCAAGAUUUGAUCUUGUUUUCAUAUUACUUGAUAAACCUGAUGAGUUAUUGGAUAAACAAGUAUCAGAGCACAUCAUGUCGCUGCAUGCUGGCUAUGGAGAACAUUUACCAGUGGCUAAAAAGCCUAUUGAAGAUUCCCCUGCUUCAUCAAUCAAAGCAUUGCACAAUGUGCGGCCAGUAAAUCUAGGUGUAAAAGGCUCUUUAGUUUCAAGAUUAAGACUUGACCCAAGAGAGAGCAGUGAGUUUGUUCCGUUGCCAGGUCCACUUAUUCGCAAAUAUAUUGCUUAUGCAAGAUCUUAUGUCUUCCCAAGGAUGUCAAAACCUGCAGCAGAAAUUCUGCAAAAGUUCUAUCUGCGAUUAAGAGAUCACAAUACUUCAGCUGAUAGCACACCAAUAACAGCCAGGCAACUUGAAAGUCUGGUGAGAUUGGCAGAAGCUCGUGCUCGGGUAGAUUUAAGAGAAGAAAUAACUGUUCAGGAUGCUUUGGAUGUCGUUGAAAUCAUGAAAGAAUCCCUGUAUGAUAAGUACAUGGAUGAACAUGGUUUUGUGGAUUUUGGUCGAAGUAGUGGGAUGAGUCAACAGAAAGAGGCAAAACGUUUUUUAUGUGCCCUCAAUAAGCAGUCAGAGUUGCAGCAGAAAGAUUGCUUCUCAAUAUCUGAGAUUUACAGUCUGGCAGAUAGAAUUAGCCUUAGAGUUCCGGAUAUUGACACCUUUGUAGACAACCUAAAUAGUGUUGGUUAUCUACUCAAGAAAGGGCCAAGAACCUAUCAGGUGCUGUCCUCAUCUUACUCCAAGAGUCAAUUGUCCAGGGCGAGGGGCUAACUUGCAUGCUUUUGAGCAGGUCAAAAGUGUUUUACUUGCGUUGCCUCGUUAUUGAAAGAGGACUUUAGUGCAUGUGAGCCUAUUUUUGUGCAUGCUUGUGUGCUAUCUGGGGAAUUUCAUUUGUAAACAUUUUAUUAAGUUGUCAUGUAUACUGAUACGGGCCAAUUAAGCAUAGCAAAAGUGCUUGGGUCUGUCUUACACUUCU